GCCCGGAGACACUUCACCGGAGACACUUGGUACCGGCGCGUUGAUCAGUUAGACAGCCGGACUGACAGCCGGUGUCUCUUGGUCACUUUCUGGGCGUUUCUGUGUUGGACUCGGGUAUGGACACGGGGUCGGGACUAGGUGGAUAAUCGGACUGUUUUUGGAGAAUACCUGAUGCUACAUCUCCACAUGAGCGCAUAGGGAGCGCAGGACCUCUCCCCCUCACAAGGUUGGCGCUCACCCAGUUGAAGAGAGACACUGACCUGAUGAAGAUGGAAUCAUUUAUCGUCAGCAGGGCUGUCUUCAUCUUCCUCACAUUCCUCUCUGUCCAGUGUGCAGAGAGUCAGCCGGAGAGUGCAGUGUUCCUGCCGGAGUUCGCCCUCUCACCUCAGGGCAGUUUCAUGGAGGACGCCACAGAGGAUCAGUUUCUAACCUACAGAUACGACGACCAGGCCUCCAGAAUGACCCGCUCAGAUGAAGACAGGGACAUCGGGUGGGACGCCUGGGGCCCCUGGAGUGACUGCUCUCGAACCUGCGGGGGGGGAGCCUCUUACUCUCUGCGACGCUGCCUCAACGGAGGAAGCUGUGAUGGCAAAAACAUCCGCUACAGAACCUGCAGCAACACGGAAUGCCCUGCAGAGUCAGGUGAUUUCCGGGCCCAACAGUGUUCAGCCCACAAUGAUAUCAAAUACCAGGGUGUCACCUACGAAUGGGUCCCAGCACCUUAUGACCCCGCAGCCCCUUGUGCCCUGCAGUGCCAGGCUAAAGGGAGAAUUCUCACUGUUGAGCUCGCCCCUAAGGUGCUGGAUGGGACACGGUGCCGCACUGAUGCCUUUGACAUGUGCAUCAGUGGAGUGUGUCAGGAGGUGGGCUGUGAUCGGCAGCUGGCCAGUGGUGCCAGGGAAGAUAACUGUGGCAUCUGUGGUGGUGACGGCUCCACAUGCAGGCUGGUUCGAGGACAGGCCCUACCCCACCUGACACCAGAACAAUCUCUGAAGACAGUGCUGGAAGUGCCGUUGGGAAGCCGCUUUCUCAGACUCAAUGCCAAAGGACCUGAUGUGAUAGCCAUCGAAGCCAUCUCUCUUCAGGGAAGGAAGGAGGAGAUGAGUCUGGUGGCUACAGGCUCCUAUGUAAUAGGAAACACCUCCCUGGACUUUCAAAGGGGGACAGACAGGCAGACACUCAGGACACAUGGCCCACUCAACGCUGAUUACAUUAUCAAGAUGAAGUACGGAGGCCUUAAGGACACAGUCGUCCAGUUUCUGUUCUACCAGCCAGUCAGGUACCAGUGGAGAGAGACUGACUUCUUCCCCUGCUCUGUUACCUGUGGAGGAGGCUAUCAGCUCAACUCUGCAGAAUGCACAGACAUCCGAUCCAACCAGAUCCUGCCUGAGCACCACUGUAACAGCUACCCUGAGAACACAAAACCCACACCCAAGCUCAAGGAGUGCAACAUGGACCCCUGCAAAGAGGGUGAUGGAUUCAAAGAAGUGAUGCCAUAUGAUCACUUCCAACCUCUGCCUCGCUGGGAGCAGGGUCCCUGGACCCGGUGCUCUGUGUCCUGUGGUGGUGGCUGGCAGGAUCGCAGCAUGCUGUGUGUAGAGGAGGACACUCAUGGACAGUUCUCCCAGGUAGAGGAGUGGAAGUGCACCCACUCCCCUCGACCUGUCACCCGACAGAUUUGCAACGCCUUCGCCUGCCCCCAGUGGGUGGCAAUGGAAUGGUCUCAGUGCACAGUGACAUGCGGUCGCGGCCUGCGUUACCGCGUGGUUCUGUGCAUCGACCAUCGUGGGCAGCACAUCGGAGGCUGUGAAGCAUCAGUCAAACCUCACGUUAAAGAAGACUGUCUAGUCCCUGUUGCCUGCCAUAAGCCCAGAGAAUCUCUGCCAGUGGAAGCCAAGGUGCCCUGGUUAAAACAAGCCCAUAAACUGGAGGAACACCAUACUGCUACAGAGGACCCCACGUGA